AUGCCUCAAAACGAAUAUAUCGAGCAGCACAUCAAGCAGCACGGGAGAAGAUUGGACCAUGAGGAGAGAAAGAGAAAGAAGGAAGCCAGAGAGGGCCACAGAAUCGCAAAAGAUGCCCAGACCUUGAAGGGAUGGAGAGCUAAACAGUUUGCCAAAAAGAGAUACAGCGAGAAGGUGGCCAUGAAAAAGAAGAUCAAGGCUCACCAGGAAUCGAAGGUUAACGGCCCAGCCACUCCUAAGGAGGACGACGGCGAGGCCUUGCCUACAUAUCUUUUGGAUCGUCAGACCAACAACACUGCGAAGGCCAUUUCUUCUUCCAUCAAGCAGAAGAGAUUGGAGAAGGCAGACAAGUUUUCCGUGCCUUUGCCUAAAGUGAGAGGUAUUUCUGAGGAAGAGAUGUUCAAGGUCAUCAAGACCGGGAAGUCCAAGCACAAGUCGUGGAAGAGAAUGAUUACCAAACACACCUUUGUAGGAGAAGGAUUCACUCGUAGACCAGUGAAGAUGGAAAGAAUCAUCCGUCCAGCAGCCUUGAGACAAAAGAAAGCCAACGUCACUCAUCCUGAGUUGGGUGUCACAGUCUUCUUGCCCAUUUUGGGAGUUAAGAAGAACCCACAGUCGCCUAUGUACACGCAGUUGGGAGUCUUGACCAAGGGUACUAUCAUCGAAGUCAAUGUAUCUGAGUUGGGUUUGGUGACAGCCGGAGGUAAGGUUGUUUGGGGAAAAUACGCCCAGAUCACCAACGAGCCCGACAGAGAUGGCUGUGUCAACGCCGUAUUGUUGGUAUAAAAUCAUUGCAUCAAGAUUAAUGGGAGGUUGUAUUUCUAGUUAUUCAUAUUAAAUUUCAAAUUUAUACAGUUAUAUUC